AUGGAUGUGCAGAGGGGGGAUGGGGUGGAGAUGAACUUGGAGUUGGAGGAACGUCGAGGGAGGGAUGGAAGGACGAAAUUGAGGGGAAAAUACGUUAGAAAGGUCAAUGAUUCGGAUGCAUUUCAAAAACAAGAAAAUCUACAAACGGCCGAUGAAGCUUCCCACAGUUUCCAAAAGCAAAGAAGAAGAAGAGAAAAGAUCAAAGAAGAUGGAAGAAGGAAAAAAUGGAGGAAGAAGAAGAGGGAAAAGGAGAAAAUGGAACAAGAAGAAGAAAAAGAAGAAGAAGAAGAAGAAGAAGAAGAAGAAAGAGAAGAAAGGAGAGGAAAGGAGAAGAAAAAAGAAGAAAGGAGAAGAAAGAAAUCAGAAAUAUAUUAUAUUGGAAUAUUCCAAUGCAUAAUAUUGGAAGGCAAAGAGGAAAAAGGGCCAACAGACGCAGGGCAAUUCCCGUGCAAAGAGCCGCCGGCCGCGAGGCCGUCCUCAGGGCGUCAGCAGCGACGCGACGGGGCGGAGGCAGCGGAGGACGCGGGCCGCCAGCAAUGGCGCCGCGGCGGUUCGCUGGGCUGGCGGCGGCGGCGGCAACAACUUCCGAACGGGGGCCCUUGCACGGGGCGUCCGGUGGGGGGCGGCGUCGCAAAACAAAGUGGGCUGGCCGCGCAGCCGGUGGGGGCCGAGGCGGGCCCCGCGCCGCGCCGCCGCGCAGCAUUGGCCCCGGGCCACGAGGCCGUCGCGGCGGCGGUUGGCGCGCGGGGCGGGCGCGCGGCGUGCGCGCGGCGGCGCGGGCGGAAGCGGCGCGUGGGCCCCGGGGGCCAGUCGCCCCGCAGGACGCCCGUCCGACCGGCCACCCGCCGCAGCGCGUCGCCGUGCGUGUGCGAGACAGUGCGUGAGCAGCACCCAGGAGGUCAACGGCGCAGGAGCAGCCUUUCCUCGACGAGUUGUGUCUGUCUCCGGGCGGCCCUUCGGAGGUUCGCCAGUCUCACGUGUUGCCAAAAGCCUCCAGUCCUCAAGGACGACACUCCGUGCUCGGGGAGAUACUUCGGAAGUCGCAGCCUUGCGUGUUGGUCGCAGUGA